AUGAAUUGUAUAGAUAAUAGUGGCAAUGAUGAUUAUGUUCUUAGUUAUUUGGGUGAAGAAAAUAUGAUGAUGACCAAAUAUGAAGACGAUGUGGAACGGUCAGGCUCAUCUUCCGAUUUUCUACUAUUACUCGAAAAUUUACUCAAACGAAGUAUACCGCCAACAACAACAAUUAUUUCAUCAUCGAAAAAAACAAAUCGUCUAAGACGUAGUAAGAGUGAAGAACUCUAUACGAAAAAAAAUGAUCGAAAAAGACGAGAAAAUGAAUAUUCAUCAACAUCAUCAUCAUCAGCAACAACAAAAACUGAAUAUAAUUUAACAGAUAUUGGUAGAGACAAUAACGACGAUAACGAUAAUUUAACAUUUACAGAUAUUGACGAUAGUGAUAUUGAAAAUGGUGAUCGAUUAUUGGAAAGAAGUCGUUCAGCACCAAGUAGUCCAACAAAAGUGUUUGACGAUGAAUUAGCCACCUUUUUACAAUGUGAUAAUAUACCAACAAAAUCAGCAGGAUUUAUUUAUAAUGUUGAUUUAUCAAAUGAACCAGUGAUAAUAUCAAACACAUAUCAGGAAAGUAUUGACAAUCGAAGAGCAAUAAUUCGUUGUAAUGACAGUUCCGAUGAAGAUGAUGAUGAUUAUUCAAGUUAUUUUACAGACGCACCGGAAGUAAUACAACUAAAUACUACAACGACAGCAACAAAUUGUUUAACGAUUGAAGAAGAAAACGAAGAAGAAUUAGAACAAAUAAAACUUGAAGAAGAAGCUGAAAGAUUGUCAUUACAAAUACAACAGAAACAACAAUUUGUUAAUGAAAUAAUUAAAGAUGAUGAAAAACAACAGCAAGGAAUAAUUAAAGAUAAGGAUGAUCGUGCAGAUUUAUUAGAAAAUGAUUUAGAAUUAGAAAAGACAAUGAAUAAUUUUAUUAUUUAUAAUAAUUCAUCAUCAUUCGAUGAUAAUUUGGGACGAUUAUCGACUAUUUAUGAAUCAAAUCAAGAAUCGGCCAUAUCAAUUGGAGCACCUAGUCCAAAAGUUGAACAUAAAUUUGAAUUGGACGAUAUCGAUGAUAAAUUAAUUGUCUAUGAUAAACAUGCAUUUUUUCCUACAGAAUCCAUUCAAGAAUAUUCACCAGUAAAUAUGAUGAAAUCAUCUAUUUUUAACACUGACAAUACGAUACAAAACAAAACAAUGAUCGAACAGAGAAAAGACGAGAAAAAUCAACAAAAUGAAAUAAAGGCUGCUCAUGAUCCACUAUCACAAUCUAAAAAAAUCGUAUCCUCACCGAUUAUUGAUCGUAAUAAAAUUCGUUCAUGUUAUGCAAAUGCCUCAUCCGUAUUUUCAUUGGAUAAUCAUAACAAUUUAUCAUAUAUAUCGUCAUCAUUCGCCAGUCGUUUGUGUGGAACAGCUGCUUCGACUGUUUCUCACAAAUCCGUUCCUAAUACUACCAUCACCACCACUACUACGCAUAAUUCAAAUUCAGAUUUUCCAUUUAAAUAUAAGCAGCAGCAGCAGCAGCAGCAACUAUUGUCAGAUGAUACUAAAAUAAACUUUAAAUGUCAUACCUCUAGUUAUGACCAACAGAAACAAAUGAAAUCAUCAUCAUCAUCACCCAUUAUUAGUUCAAAAAUUCAACAACAUCCAGAUUCUAAUAUGACAUUCUCCAAAUCUCAAGUGAUAAAUGUCAAUGAUAGAGAAAAAGAUUAUUUUCUUGAUAACAAAUCAAACUCUAUGUCUUUAUCUGUACCCUUAUUAUCAAUUUCAAAUAUACCAGAUGAAAUUAUUUUACCAACUGAAGAUAAAAAAUAUCAACAAACAACAAAUACUAAUCAUGUUAUGAAAAUGAAAAUGAUUCAAUCAUCUUCAUCAUCACUAUCUGAUUUUAUUGUUCAGACAAAAACAACUCAACAAUCGAAUGUUAAUCCUUGUAUUCAUUCACUAAAUGAUUGUUCUAUGACGACUACUACCAAUAUUCCUAUACAAUCCUGUUCAUCUCGUGUUCCAUUACGUUUAACUGAAAGACGUCCAUCUAAUCGUAUAUUAACAAACGGUUUACUCAAUUGUUCUACCAUAACACCAAUAACAUUAAAACAUCCACCAUUCGAUUUAGCUUUGACUAAUAAUAAUACUAAACAUUUAUCAGUUGAAAAUAUGUUUUUAGCAAAAAGUGAAGAAUCAUUGAAACCCAUUGUUGUUGAUGAAUCAACAAAAUCUUCUUCUUCAACCUCCUCUUCAUCAUCAUCACCAUCAAGUAAUAAAAUAAUGUCACGUUCUGAUUUUGUUGUUGGAUUGCGUAUGCCAACCUCUGACCACUACUACCCAUGGAUGAUCACAUCAUCAUCAACACCAAAACAACAGUUAAAACAACAUAAUGAAUUAAAUCAACGAAAAUCAUCCAGUUUAAAAAAUGUUUAUUCAACAACACCAACAACAGCCAAUACAACAACAACAAAUCAUCAUCAUUCAACAAAUAGUGGUAUUUUAUAUCCAAUUGAUUAUACAAAUAAAAUAAUAAAUGAUGAUCAAAAUACAAAUAUGAUGUUAGAUUUUAAAUGGUUAACUAGCAAUAAUAAUAAUAAUAAUAAUAAUAAUAAUAAUAAUUAUCAUAAUAAUAAUCAAAUGAUAGAUUCAUCACAACAAAAAAUGCCAACAUCAUCUGAUUCGGGAAUUGUUAUUGAUCAACAAGAAGAAACAUCAUCCGGUGAACACACUGGAAAAUACUCAAGUGGUUCCAGUGUAGACGACGAUGAAAAUUUUUCAUUAUUAAAACAAUAUCAAUUGGAAUAUCAAGAGACAAUUCAACAUCUGUCGAUUAUAAAAAAAACAAUUGUUGAUAUUGAAGGACGAUUAAAUGAAGCAAUGAGAGAGCUUGAGAUCGAACGUGCUCUAAUUGAAGGUGAACAUGAAAUAUUGUUUAAACAAAUAAUUGAUGCUUCAGAUGAUGAUCAACGAAAAAUACAUCAGUUAUAUAAUGAAUUACAUAUAUUAUUAGAAAAAGUGAUGGCUGAUAAAGAUGCAAUACGUAAUGAAAUUGAUCGUACUCAACAAACAUUAUAUAAUUUUGAACAAGAACUUCAACUAUUAGAACAAUGUUUAAAAUCAAAUUCAUCUCAUAAUGAAAAUGAUUUAAUUGAUAAGAUAAUUAAAAAAAAAGAAAUGAUUGAACAAACAAAGAAAAAACAUGAAGAUCUUGAAUUUCAGUUAAUGGAAUUAGAAACAAAAUGUGAAGCAGAAUUAGAAGAAGCAGAAGAAAAUUUUAAAAAUGAACAAGAUAUUGUACAAAAAAAUUCAAAAAUACGUCAGACUAAUCUUCGAGAUCUUGAUCAUCAACAACAUAUUAUAUUACAGCAAGUAACAACUGAAAAACAAAAACUAGAACGUGAAAGACAAAAACUAAAAUGUUUAUUUAAAAAAAAAAAAUUACAUGCCAGCGAUAUUGAGCAAAAAAUUAAUAAAUUAAAUGAUUCAUUAUCAAUAAUAGAUAAUAAUCAACGUCAUCAUAUGAACGGUAAUAGUCGUACGUUGACAAAAAAUCAUGGCGAAGAUGAAGAAGAUUUUAAAAAUAUUAUUAUUCCAUCUAUAUUAGGAAAAAGUAAUAAAAAAUCAACUCAUUAUUCAACAUCAUUUAAUGGACACGAUGAUUAUGAUAUAAAUAAUGGAGAUGAUAUACCUUCGUCAUGGCAUUCUAAAUCAUUGAUGAAUGGAAGUACAAACAAUGAUUCAUUAUUUAAUAAAACAUAUUUAAAUGGUAUUUAUAAUUCACUUUCAAUGGUUAAUUAUCAAGAUUUACCGUUAAAUAUGAAAAAUGAUGAAUAUAUUCAUAAAUUAAAUGAAUUAAAAGAAAUGAUAUCUGUUGCUAAAUUAGAAAAAAUGACCAUUCUCGAACAACAAUUACGUGAAAGAUAUGCAGAAUUAAUUCAAUAUCAAGAAGAACACGCUAAACGUUUAGAAUUAGAGAAAAAAUUAGCUGAUGAAGUAAAAAAUAGAGAUUAUCUUGUUGAAUGUCAAGUAAAAUUGAGAGAAAAAAAUCGUGUUCAGGAACGUCCAUUAACUCGUUAUUUACCAAUUCGUUGGAAUGAUUUUGAUUUACGUCAACAUAUUUCAGAAGCUGGUCAUCAAUUAGAUACAUUAAAAAAUAUUUAUGUAACAUCAACAUCAUGUCGUGGUUUUUUAUCUAAAAUGGGUGGUAUUAAAUUUAAAACAUGGAAUCGUCGAUGGUUUGUUUUUGAUCGUAAACGUCGUUCAUUAUUCUAUUAUCAAGAUAAAAGUGAAACAAAAUUACGUGGUAUUAUUUAUUUUCAAUCAAUUUUAGAAGUUUAUUUUGAUCAUUUACAAUCGGUUAAAAGUCCAGAACAAAAAAUGACAUUUAUUGUUAAAACAUUGGAGAGACCCUAUUAUUUAAUUGCACCAUCUCUUGAAAUUAUGAGAAUAUGGAUUGAUGUUAUUUCGACUGGUUCAGAAGGUGCUAGAGAGUACGAAUCAUAA